GCCCGUAAAUACUGCUGGCUGGCGAGGAAGUGAAAACAACCAGGAACACUGAAUGUGGACGCUCUCCUGAGGAGUUAGCAACACUCAUGUUUGAUGGAGGUAUGAGCAGCAGUGCUGAACCCUUUGGCACUGAACCCGGCUGGUACUGACAGGGACGCUUUGCUUCGCUUCGGCCCGUUUCGAGCAUGUCCCAGUCGUCGCUUGUGGCUCGAGCCCCGGGUGUUGGAGAGAAGGGAAAUACACAGAGCAUGGAUUGCCUUGAAAGUCUGGAAAUCUACAUCCCAGUGGAGGCUGAGGUGAAAACCAUCUGCCUGUGGAGUUUACCUAACUCAGUGCUUAAACGAAUGGGCCUCCCAUUGUAUGACACUGAGGGCUCCAGGAAGCUUGCAGAAUCACCAGAGGGCAUAUGGAUUUGUCCAGCAGUCCUACGAAAGAAAGGCCAGAGACCGACCUCUUCUGCAGAAAACAGCAUGACAGAAAAUAUGUCAUCACUAAUGGGUAAAGCGUUUCGGGGUGGAACAGGUCCCUUCCGAAUGUCUUUUGUCUCCUCCAACCAUGCAGCUUACAACAUACUGCAGGACACUAUGCCUAAAGGGCAGGUCUCCACACACAUGCCUCGCAGCUCCCAGUUACAUCCCAGCUCCGCACCGCACACCUACCAAGAUGCCAUCGUCAUCUACCAUGGGCGCAUUUACCUGUCCAUAAGGAAGCCCAGUCGAAGCCAGCAUAAACAGGAGACACGUGGACCCAAGCCAGCUUCCCAGUUUUCAGUUCUUUCAACAUCACACGUGUCAUCUAAAAGCCAGACGAAGCGUCAGUCCCCCGAGGCUUCUCUUGACCCUGCAGACAAACACCUAAAAAGGACAAGACUGAAUGUCACUGUGCCCGGAAUCUCCUCAAAUCAGCCAGACGAUCUCACAAAAGUAGACGAUCACUCCACCACAUAUAAGGAGCUGCAAAAAGUAAAUGGUCCUAAGAAGAGGCACACCACAUGUAAAGUAACACAAAGAGAAAACAUAAUGGAUGUUAUUCACCAAGGAAGGUCCACAGUGCACAACAUGCAAAGUCAUUGUCAUGAGGACGCUAGAGGAGAACAGACUGCAGAGAAAGCAACAUGCCAUGAGUCCGCUUGGUUUCACCUUCGAGGGGAGCAGGAAGCGGUGGUCAGCAAUGACACUGAGAUACAGAACUCAGUCAGUGAAGAAGCUGAUGGCACCAGUCAAAACAAUGAUGGUGGGGAAUGUGACAACAUUGUCGGUGUUGUAGAGCACAGUAGCAACCAGAGCUGGAGCAAGAGAGCCUCUCAGGAGACUGCCUGUGCUUCCACAUCACUACAGCAGGAGUAUGACGAGCUGGCACAAGAGGAGGAGAUCUCUCAAAUGAAGGCCAAACUCAGACUGAGCGAAGCAGUUCUCAACAACAUGUACUCAUCAUUAUGAUGGCUCAGUCGCACUGAACAGCAGUAACAGUGCUUUAGGUCUACAAUGAUGCAGAAUCUUCCAUAUCUGCAUCCUGAUGCAUUUGAUAAUGAAAAAUAUUUCCACACCUCUAGUAAGGAUGUCUUGGUGACCAGAUAUCUUGAUAACCAGUACUCACAUUUUGUUGAUGAUUACUCCAGUCAACUACUACUAUUGAUUUCUCUUUUUCUGGGAUCAGGUAUGUCUUGAUAAUUUGCAAGGGAAGGGGAAGCAUCAUCCGAGUUGCACAAGUGGCACAUGGCAUAUACUGUUGAUUUCUGACCCUUUACUUUCCCCCUAGGGCCAUCAACAAGCCACAUUUUACUUGUGGCUUUUCUACUGGUAAGGCUCUAUUAAUAACAAAAUGGUCACUAUGUUAGGAAUAUGCCAUUUUUUUUUUUUUUAUCUUUACACUUCUUUAACAUUCACAACUGACUAUUAAGGAAAUUAAGAAAGAAAAACGGAAAGCAGAAUCAGAGAUGGGUUGGGUGCAAGUGGAAGCAAAUGAAGCCUGGAGCCUCUAGCAUGUGGCAUCACUUGAAGAUAAGCUAUUGAGACGUUAUGAGGCUUUGAAUGUGUGUUAUUUUGGUAGGUUUUUCUGCUUUUAAUCAAUUAUUUAAGUAUCAUUAAUAUAUUUGACUAUCUUAAGAAGUUAUUGUUAUAAUGAGACCAUUACAUGUAGAUUACUGUAUCACUUUUGCUGUUGUGUAAUGGGAUGCCUCUUCCCUGCAAGCACAUUUUUGUCCGUUAUUGGGUGAAUCCUGUCCUUGAGUUUCCAUGAAUAUAUGUCUUGUACUCUUCUAACUGAAAAACUGAAAACAGUCUGUCCCUGUGUUGUAUUGCUGACUAAAUGUCUAAUAAAGCUGCGAGAGUUAAUUGUUUUAGAUUUAGCUCACAGCUACAUGCUUGGGCCUCAUAAAAUAUCAUUUUCUUUUUCCGCCUUUCUGGCUUUCUUCAUAGUACAGCUUGAAGAUAGUGACAGGAAACAGGGUAAGAGAGGGGGAGUGAUGGACAGCAAAGGGACCCGGGCCAGGAGUCAAACCUGGGUCCGCUGCAGCACCUCGGCACAUGGGACGUGCAUGCCACCAACUGAGCUAAGUGGCACCCCGUAAUUUUUCAUUUUUAACAUAGGCAUUCACUUUUGGCAGAGUGUUACUGACUUUUUCAAAUGGCAUUUCAUGGGAAAUAUUUCAGACAAUAAAGAAAUGAGUGUGUA